AUCUCUAAGCUUUUUUUGCGUUUUCGAUUGAUGCUAUUUAUUAAACGGUCAGAAAAAUAUCCUUUCAUCAUUUGGGUUGUACAAGUGCAGCAGAACGAUGGAUUGGUUUAUUUUUGUGGUGGUUGUUUUUGUGCCUUGUGUAUUUUGUGCUGUACCCGUAACGAACGAUAAUUGUACGUAUCUAUUUGACAUGGAAAGAAACUCUAUCAAAGUAACGUGUUCUAAAAAUGUGACUGUGACCAUUCGAGGGAAGGGAAAUACAAAAUUACUGACCGGAAAUGAUGAAGCCAUGAAAUAUUGGUUUGAAGCCAACCUAAACGCUCAUAACAAUAAGACAACUCGUUCUGGGGAUUUUAAUACUAAAGCCAUGCACAAAUUAAAAAGUGCCAAUAGGAUUUUACGGAAAUCAAAAAAGAUUCUUGGAAAACGAUUGGUUGCCCUCAAUGUUACAUCAGGUGAUUUAGAAGACGGGGACAUCAAACUUAAAAACGAUGUUGAGAUUUUACAAAGAUAUCCACCAGGCUCGAUAUUUGCACACCAAUCCAUUGUUGCAGCAAUUAAAAAUCAGUAUAAGUAUCUCCAAAUGGCCAUGCUUACCCAAAACAACGAAAUGAAACAACUUGUUAAGUCAAUGACGUCAUUAGUUUCGGCUACUCAGAAGUCCAUUCGAAGUGUCAUGGCGAUGGGUGAUGAGUUGCAAGAACAACUGGUUUUGCUUAAUACAGCUCUUGUCCGAUGUAAUAUGACGAUCGUCAACAAGCAGAAAG